CCACCACCCAACUCGUCCAGUUCCUGCAGGGGACCCUCAAUGCCGACCCGAAUAUCCGAAUCUCGUCGGAGCUCAGCCUGGCUCAAUUUCUCACUCUGCCAGACGCGGGACUAGCGCUUUCCUCUCUCGUCUCUGCGAAAAAUGAAGAGAUUUCCCUUAGGCAGUCCGCGAGCAUCAUGCUGCGCAAAUACGUGACGGAGCACUGGUCGAAAUACUUUUCGACGUUCAAGGGUAGCGAGCCCCCGGCUGAGAUCAAGGCUCAGAUUCGUCAAGUAGUGUUUUCAGGCCUGUCGGAUCCAGAUCGCAAAAUCAGGAGUCUCUGCGCCCAUGUUCUCUCCUCGAUCGCGAGCUCGGACUGGCCGGAUGAAUACCCAGACCUACUUCCUGCCCUCAUUGGCCUGAUCUCGUCAGGAUCCUCAGACUCCGUCCAUGGGUCCAUGCAAGUCUUCACGGAAUUCAUCAAAUCGGAGCUGUCAGAGGCACAGAUAUUACCUGUUCUCCGUGACCUACUCCCUGUGUUGCUGUCCAUCUUGGGAGCUCCGCAGACACACUCUUCCCUCACCCGUGCACGAACUGUUUCGGUGUUCAGACAAUGUGUGACUGCAUUGUACAUGGUCAAGGGACAGCACCCCCAAGCUGUGAAAGGCGCUAUCUCGACUUUUCUUCCCACUUGGCUCGAAGCCUUCAAAGUCUUAUUGAGCAGCGACCCUCAGGCCGAAAUAUCAAAUGCUCAGGAUUGGGAUGCGCUAACCGUUCGCAUCCAAGUGUUCAAGACGCUUGAUACCAUUCACACUUCCUUCCAGAAAGCUCUUACCCCACAUCUCGAUGAUUUCCUCUCGCUGUCACUGAACCACCUCCGUUCUCUCUUCGGUACCUUCUCUCAGUACUAUCUGACUGGGAACGAUUCUGCUCCUCGCUCUUCCGACAAUGAGGCUGUCGGAUUGCCACAACUUAUCUGUCCUAUUUUCGACUUCGCCGGUGCUGUCAGCCGAGGCAGCAGGGCCAAGGCUUGGUUUGCAAGCCAGAAUCUGGAGGCCUUCGUUGGUGCUGUCUUCAACUACUUACAGAUGACUUGCGAGGAUGAGGAAAAUUGGGCUUCGGACCCAAAUGCCUUUGUCGCCCAGGAGGAUGACCAAACUCAGGCUUAUAGUGUCCGAGUCGCUGGCUUUGAUCUUCUUUCCUCCUUGAUCGACGCUACGCAAGUCCGGACAGUGAACGCUUUUCAAGUUACGAUAGAGCAGAUCAUCACUGCUUCCCAGCAGGGGCGAGAGGGCGGUAGAAAAGGCUGGUGGAAACCUUUAGAAGCUGGGCUUGCCGCUAUUGGAUCGCAAUCGGAGGCUGUCCAAGAAUGCGUGGAGGAUGAGCAAGACGCCGAACGCCCCAAACCUAUCGACAUCGAAUAUCUCCUCAGCAAUGUUGUUCCCUCUAUAUUGACUCUCUCGGAGUUUCCAUUCCUCCAGGGUCGCGGGUUUGUAUUUGCGAGCCAGUACUCUACGCUCUUACCUGCUCAGCUGGCGGGUCAAUAUGUAGAUGCUGCCGUCCAAGUCGUCGAGGCCAGCGAAGCAAGCGUGCCGGUGAAGAUCUCUGCGGUCCGCGCAAUAUACAAUUUCUUCCAGGGUGGAGAUGGGUUCACGCUCGCACCCUUCGCUUCGAGAAUAGCCAAGGAUCUUGGCCCGUUCCUUCUGGCAACAUCAGAAGACACUCUUUCUCUUGUUCUCGAAACGCUUUCCGUUGUUGUUUCCAUCGACAAGGGCUCUUGGAUCACUACCGAUGUGGCAAGCGCAUUAGUCGCUGUCAUUCUCGAAGUUUGGACCAAGAACAACGAAGAUCCGAUCUUUUUGUCGAAUGUGGAUAACAUCUUGACGUCGUUGGCGGCGUCCUCGGCAGAAGGAAUUUACCCGACGGUGGUCAAGCAAGCUCUGCCCAUCUUAUGCUCGGCGAUUAGCUCCACCCCUCUCGAGCAGUCCUGGAUCACGGCUUCCGCAAUCGAACUGGUUAGCAGCCUUAUCACCGGUGCCCAGCAGGGAAAGCUCGGCGAUGGAUUCUUUGCUGUGCUAGCACCUGCGCUAUUCAAGUCUAUAGCUGAGGCUGAAGAUCGAGAUGUGCUCCAGCACGGUAUCUCAUGCUUGACCCUGGUGAUUCGCAAAGAUUGUAAACAACUGCUCUCCUGGUCCGACUCAGGUCGUAGUGGUCUUGACAGUGUCUUCGGUGUGAUUGCCAAUGCGCUGCAGAGCCGGGAUGAAUCGGGCGGAUUGGUCAUCGGGGAUCUGAUCAUUCACUUGCUUCGCAGAGCCGGUGAAUCCGUGCUGCCUGUGCUGCCGGAGCUCUUGCAGGCUAUGAUUACCCGCAUGUUGACAGCGAAAACUGCUACGUUCCUCCAGAGUCUUAUCAUUCCCUUUGCUUUUCUCAUAAACAACCAGCGCGACACGGUGCUGGAUUUGUUGGAAUCUAUGAACGUGGAGGGUCGAUCUGGGCUGGAUAUUCUCAUCCAAACGUGGUGCGAAAACGCAGUGACAUUCCAGGGCUUUUGGCCCUCGCGUGUCAGCACUUUGGCGCUGUCGCAGUUGUUCAUGUCGGACCGCACGGCUCUCACCAGUCUGGCUGUGAAGGGGGACAUCAUACUCAAGCCCGAGACCCGAAAUGUCAUUAUGACACGGUCCCGAACGAAGCUUAGCCCACUGGAGUUCAGCUCGAUUCCGUUCCAUCUGAAGGCGCUCAAACUGCUGGUGCAUGAAGUGCAAGCGGGAGGCGAAUCUGCGACUAUAACAGCCCAGGGUGAUACCUUCGAUGUGGAGACAGACGAUGGGGACGAGGAGUGGGCCGAGGAGGAGAAGCUGGAGGACAACGACGAGUUCCAGUACCUGUCCGAGCUGAUUGGACCGAAAGGCGUUGCUUUCGACAAUGAUGAUGUUCUCGAGGGCGAUGACGACGAGGAUCUCCAGCAAGAUCCUGUUUCCACUAUGGACAUGCAGGCACAUCUGCUCUCGUUCUUCCGCGAAUGCGCCGCGCGCAACACAAACAACUUUAGCAGUAUUGUCGACCAGAUGAGCGCAGGAGAAAUGUUUGUCAUCCGCCGAAUUGUUUCCCAGUGAUACCUCCACUAGUAAAUGUACACUAAAUAUAUAUCUAUCCUACACCGGAAUUCUAUCAUAAGCCUGCUAGAAACUCAAGUCCUUGCCCAAAUCCCAUUCGCGCACCGAGCCUGGUUUGUCGUACUCAAUCUCCAUCACACUCGCAUUACCUCCCGUCCAGCGCUCGCCCACUUCACUCGACGUGAACUUGGUCUUACUGCUGCUGCUACCGCUCUUCGCCCCGAGCCGUUCCAUCAUCUUUUGCUCCGCUUUAUCCUGCUCUCGCUGCCGCAGCAAUGCUAGCAUCGCAUCCCAACCAUCGUAUUCGGCAUUGUUGAUCAUCCCAGUUGCAGGCACUUUCGGUGCCGUCAACGGCGCCACAUCUAGCCGCGGAUCAUACGACUCCUCGAAAUACUUGUCCAUCUUCGACGGCAGCUGCGCAGCAGGCUCGGGUCCUGGUGAGGGCGAGGACGAAAGUCUUCGGCGCUUGCUUUCACGCUUAGACCUCGCUGGCGGAGGAAAUGAUGGCGGUGGAGGAGGCGGCGGUGCUUUCGGUUCAGGAGGGCGCCCGUCAAACGGCACUUUAUGCUUGCCCUUGGUAUCUUCCUUUUUACCGUUUUUAUCCGUCUUUUUUCCCUGCGAAUCUUCCUGCUUCUUGACCUGGGGGUCCUCCUGCUUCUUGACCGUCGUGUCGUCUACAGACGUCUUCAAUCGUUUCCGCAGCACGUCUUCGUGAGAGACAGCAUCUACGAAUGAAGCAGCAUUUGUCUCCAUGGACACAGGAGAAGGUGAGCGUCUCCGUUUCCCAGAGCGAGACUCGUUUCCGUUCGCAGCUUCAGUGGACGAUGACAUGGAAGGUGAACCGUCGCGGUGAUCCUUUCCGCUUGCAGAAGUCCCCGCCUCCUUCUCAUCAUCCAGAUUCCGGCUGCGCGAUCGAUGCCGGGACUUGCGACUAGACCGCUUUUCGUCCCGGUGCCGACGCGAACUGCUGCCCUCGCCGCGAUCACGAGACUGAGAGCGGUCGCGACGGUGCUUGGAUGCAGUGUGUUUGUCGUCGUCCCUGUGUCGAUGAUCUGUCGACCUUGACCGCCGCCGACUCGGCCGGUGGUCUCUAUCCCGCUUCCGUUCCUGUCCCUCGUCCCGACGUUUCUUGUCCUCGUCCUCGUCCUCACCAUCCCAUGUUUCCCAGUUUCGUGGUUUUCUCUUGGCCCGCUCAGCUGUGCGGCCAUCCCAGUGGUCCCACCCAUCCUUCUCCUCGCGUUUUCGGUGACUCCGGCUGCCCCCGCUUCGACUGCCAUGCGACCGCCGCAUCUUCUCGGCUGCAACCGCCUCUUCCGCUCGCGCCCGCCGCUCGCGCCUCUCGAGCUCGUCUCUCUCGCGCUUCAGUUCCUGCGCCGCUUGCGCUUGUGCCUGUAGAAUAGUUCUAUUGUGGUCGUCUGUGCUUCGUAUGAUGGAUGUCAGGAAUCGUUUGUUCGUGCGCGGAGCGCUGCUAUCCGAGCUGAGAGAGACAGAUGAGUCAUUGAAACACCCUCUCGUUGUAUUGCACGGAACCUACAUCCCGCUACGCAAGUACGCUUUGAUUCCAUCCUGUCCGAAUCGCUCUGCCUUCUUCUUGGCCUCUUUGAGAAUGAGCUCGGCGACGUGGCGGUCGAGAUCAUCGUCUGUGACUUGUUGCGGGACGGAGUUCCCCAUCGAGGCGCGAACAAGCUCGGCCACUACCGAGGAAAGAGUGGACAUGUUGGUCGUGG